AGAAGAGGAAGCAGAACGGAACAUUUGUUGACAACUGCUAAGCUAAUAUUUUAAACUUGCUUCUACAUUGUCUCAAACCGGCCUUUUUAGUCAAUCUCACUCUCUCCUCUGCGAAACAGUAACGUAACGCUAACCUUAGCUGGCAGUUUACCCACCAAAUGACACAUUUGUCGUGGUGAAACGUUAUGACUAGUUUAUUUUUAGGGAGCAGGUUGUUGUUGCAGUCAUAGCAGCGGCGGGCAGACAUGGAGACUCGGGGGGCUGAAGACAUGUUUGACUUUCGUCGGUUUCCCAAAGAUGCGCUUAUUCUCUUGCUGUUGACGGUUUACUUUCCAGUUGGCAUUUGUUUGAUGUUAAUUCGGAUUUUUAUCGGUGUUCAUGUGUUCCUGGUCAGCUGUGCACUUCCAGAAAGUUUUGUUAGAAGAUUUAUUGUGAGGGUGAUGUGCUCAGUCCUGGGGAUGCAUGUGAGACAGAAGAACCCUCGCUCCAGAGACAAAAAUACCAAGCUGUACAUAUGCAAUCAUGUGACAGAGUUCGAUCACAACGUAAUCAACCUCCUGACCCCCUGCAGUACUCCUCAGCUAGAGGGCUCCACAGGCUUUGUGUGUUGGGCCAGAGGUUUCAUGGAGAUCCAUUCAGCAUCUGGCCAGGGAGCGAUAGGAGAGUCUCUUCAGAGGUACUGCUCCACUGAAGGCACCCCACCUUUGCUCCUGUUCCCUGAGGAGGACACCACAAAUGGCCGCGCUGGCCUGCUCAAGUUCAGCUCCUGGCCAUUAUCACUGACAGAUUCCAUUCAACCUGUGGCCUUACGGGUGACCAGACCAUUGAUCGCUUUGAGCACACCAGAUUCCAGCUGGCUGAUGGAGCUUUUGUGGACAUUUUUUGCCCCAUGUACAGUGUAUCAUGUAAGUUGGCUCCCGACAGUUUCCAGACAAGAUGGCGAGUCCACUCAGGAGUUUGCCAACAAAGUCCAGGAGCUGCUAGCCUGUGAACUCGGCUUGGUCGCUACAAAGAUCACCAAAGCCGAUAAAGCAGAGCACAUCAAGAGGAAAAGACACGUCGUACCACAAACAUCUACAGCUGUCAGACCAGGCUCUAUUGGACUUGGCUUCAUGGUCCAGAGCCUGGGAACGGAUGACCAUAGGAUUGCUAAGAUGGCCCAACAGGUGAUGGACGUGCUGCCUCAUGUCCCACUGAAUGUCAUCACAAAGGACUUAGCAAAAACCAAUUGUGUUGACACCACCAUAACAAAUCUGCUGGAGAACAAGGAGGAAAUGCCAAUGGAAGCUACCGGGACGUCAGCAUUCGGGUCCUCUAUGAACAGCUCCUAUUCCUCUGGUUCUGCUCCUACCCUGAAGCCUGCUGCCAAAUCUUUUGGGAAAUCACCAACUGACCGACAUUUGUCUCUCCAAGAGAGGAAAGACGCGCUGUACAAUUUUGCAAGACGGCGCUACAUUGAAAAACAUGGAUUGGAUCAAGAGGACAGCCACUGAACAUACUUUGGGUCAAGCCAUCAUCAAACACUUGUCAGAAAGAAGCAUAUUCAAUUUGCAUAGCUGUCUAAUUCAAACGGUGAUUUUAUAUUCUGUCGACAGGUUCUGCUGAAAAGCAGAUUUUGUUAAUUGCAAAUAACGGGGGGCAAGUAUUCAGAAUAUGUACAAGUUGAUGGAACGGUGAUUAUGCAUGUGUUUAAUUCUUCAUUCUGGCUGAUACAUCAUUUUGAUAACAAUUUGUAUUACGAUCCACUGACUGUGAAUCAUCUAUUUAUUUUUAUAAUGUCCAGACUCGUUGAUGAAAAUAAAGUUCAGCUUGACCUUG